GCGUUGUCGGAAUGGUUCCGCUGCCGGCAGAGCCGGGCCAGAGGCGCUGAGGGCUGCGACGGCGGCAGGUGAAGAGGAGGCGGCGGGACGGGGAGCGGCCUCCGAGGGUCUCCUGGAUGCUUGAGCAUGGACCCAGUUGUUACUCACAGCUGCCACCUCCUCCAGCAGCUGCACGAGCAGCGCAUUCAGGGCCUGCUCUGCGACUGCAUGUUGGUGGUGAAAGGAGUCUGCUUUAAAGCACAUAAGAACGUCCUGGCAGCUUUCAGCCAGUACUUCAGGAGCCUCUUUCAGAAUUCUUCAGGCCAGAAGAAUGAUGUUUUUCACCUGGAUAUUAAAAAUGUCAGUGGCAUUGGGCAGAUCCUGGACUUCAUGUACACAUCUCAUCUCGAUCUUAACCAGGACAACAUACAAGGAAUGCUGGACAUAGCACAGUGUUUGCAGGUUCAAAACGUUCUGCAUCUGUGUCACACAUUUUUAAAGUCAGCCACUGUAGACCAGCCACCUGUCCUGCCUUGUAACAGCGCGUUCUCCCUGCAGGGCACUUUGGCUCCCGACACUAAUUGUGUUAUCAGUGAAAACUAUCCGCCCCAUUUGCUGCAGGAGUGUUCAGCAGGUGCUCAGCAGAGUAAAGCUUUGGACGAAUCACAUUCUCACGCUCCAUCGUCACUUAGUCUUCAUCAUUCCACAGCUGAAACAUCCAAACAAGCCCCUGAGACACUGGAUGGCAGCUGUCCAGAACUGCCUUUCAAACAGCCAAACUAUUACUACAAACUCAGAAACUUUUACAGUAAGCAAUACUAUAAGCAGACCUCUUGUCCCAGUCAUGAGAGGGUCAUCGAGCAGCCUUUCCCCUUCAGCGCAUCCCCAGAGCUUCAUGGCGCAGAACACCAGCCCUGUGCUGUCAGUCAUUCCGAGUGCGUCCUGGAGUCCUCGGAGCACUUGCCUUCCAACUUCCUGGCCCCGCCUUUGAGUGACUCUGCCCCGGACCCUGAGUCAGACAACGCAUACCAACAACCCACCAGACAGAUGAGGCUCAAAAAGGCCAUUCACCUUAGGAAGCUCAAUUUCCUAAAGUCGCAGAAAUCUGCAGAGCCAACAUCUGAACCCAAAUCAGAUGACAGUUUAACAAAGAGGACAGAAUCUGCUAACGAAGACAGUAGAGAAAAAGUGGACAGCCAAAGUGCUGAAGAAAAGGAAAGAGAAGAACUCAUCAGUUCUGAGAGUUUUAAUUGUGGGAAUGAAAUGGAGAGGCCGGAGGACCCUGCAGCCCUGGAAGACCAGUCCCAGACGCUUCAGUCACAGAGACAGUACGCGUGUGAAUUGUGUGGAAAACCUUUUAAACACCCAAGCAAUUUGGAGCUUCACAAACGGUCUCAUACAGGUGAGAAACCUUUUGAAUGUAACAUGUGUGGGAAACAUUUCUCUCAGGCGGGCAACUUGCAAACUCACUUGCGUCGGCAUUCCGGAGAGAAGCCGUACAUCUGCGAGAUCUGCGGGAAGAGGUUUGCAGCCUCUGGUGAUGUCCAGCGUCACAUAAUUAUUCACUCAGGAGAAAAACCACACUUGUGUGACAUCUGUGGUCGAGGGUUCAGCAACUUCAGUAACCUGAAGGAGCACAAGAAGACGCACACGGCCGACAAGGUAUUCACCUGCGACGAGUGCGGGAAGUCUUUCAACAUGCAGAGGAAGCUGGUGAAGCACCGGGUCCGGCACACGGGGGAGCGGCCCUACAGCUGUUCCGCCUGCGGAAAAUGUUUCGGUGGCUCUGGGGACCUCCGCAGGCACGUCCGCACUCACACCGGGGAGAAGCCGUACACGUGUGACGUCUGCAGCAAGUGCUUCACGCGCUCGGCCGUGCUGCGGCGGCACCGGAAGAUGCACUGCCGAGCGGACGACGCGGGGCUCGCGCCGCCCAUCGCCCCCUCGGAGCCUGGGAAACCUCAGAGCGCAGACUCCUUUUCCCAAGACGUGUCUGUGACUUUGAUGCCCGUGUCCGUUAAGCUCCCCGUCCACCCAGUGGAAGAAGAGCCAGCGACUGAAUUCGACAGCCACUCUGCCGGCUCCUACUGUAAGUUCCGGCCCACGGUGCAGCCUCACGGAGUCGGUGACCAGGAGAGGCUCAGCUUGGAUCCGGCUAAAGCCGCCAAGCCCCCGCUGCCGCAGGCGCAGCCUCAGGCUUACGCUUACGCGGACGUGGCCGGCGCCGAGCCCCUGCAGGCCGACGGCAUGGCCAUGAUCCGCUCCUCGCUGGCCGCGCUGGACCAGCACUGCGGGGACCCCCUGGGCAGCCGCACCGCGGCCCCCGCGCACAGGAACUCGGACGGACAGUUCUUCUCCAGCAUGACCCUCUGGGGGCUGGCAAUGAAGACGCUGCAGAAUGAGAGCGAGCUGGACCAGUGACGUCCUGCGGCGGCGCCGCCUCGGUGCAGACCUCUCAGAGCUUCAGGAACAAGCCGUCCCCAGUUGCCUUCCUAACCGGCCCGAGAGCGGUCGGACCGCUUCCCUCCUGGUGGGGGCUGAUAACCAGAAGCAUCCCCAGCUCAAGAUUUGGGAAGGAAGGCCCCCUGGACCUUCGUGGAAGCAGACACGAGACAGCACAGCUUGUGUCACAGAAGCCAAAGGCUUGAGAGACCGUUUCAUGCUUCAGUGAGCACGACGGCGUGGACUCUGGGUAACUACUGUGCGUUUGGUCAUGAUAAAGGGAAAAUAUAUAUAUAUAUCACAAUACAGAUGUUAUUUUUGCAUUUUUAUAUGAUUGAAAUUUGUAGCAUUUUGUAUUUUUAUUUACAAAAAGAUUUUAUUUGUAUAGGAAACUCAUACUAUAAUUUAAUUUGAA